AUGGCGAUCAAUGACAGCGCCACAAAAUUGGCAGACCGAUUGGAAGUAAAUCUGGGACAACGAGACGAAGACUAUCUCACUGAAUCAGAAGAUGAAUCUGGAUCUCAACUAUUGAGCUCAGCGAGCCAGGUCGACUUCGAUCUCAACAAAGCAACCUUGAACAACUACAUCAUCGCCCACGCCAACGAUGGUGUCGACACCGUGGCAGCCCGAGAGAUCAAAAACGGUGAAUCUAACAGGAUUAUCGACCAAGCCCGCGAGUAUCAGCAAGAGCUCUUUGAUAAGGCCAAAGAUGAGAACAUCAUCGCUGUCCUCGAUACUGGCAGCGGCAAGACCCUCAUUGCUGCGUUGCUGAUUAGACACUAUCUCCACGAAGAAAUCAUUACUCGAAACCAGGGCAAGGCGGCGAAGAUCGUAUUCUUUCUGGUCAACAGUGUCCAUCUUGCUCGACAACAGGCUCGCUUUCUCAGCAGCAAUCUACCACAGAAGGUCAUCCCUCUCUUCGGGGAUACAUCUGACGACCUGUGGAAGAAAGCGGAAUGGAGCAGAAUCUUUGCCGAAAACAGCGUCGUGGUCUGCACAGCUGCUGUGCUCGAUUCUUGUCUCAUGCAUUCGUUUGUCAAGAUUGGCCAGAUCUCUCUUCUUAUCUUCGAUGAAGCUCACCACUGCAAGAAGAACCACCCAUAUUCGCGGAUCAUCAGGGACUACUACCUCAAAUGGAAAGGUGACAGACCGCGCAUCUUCGGCAUGACAGCUUCCCCUGUUGACUCUAAGCGAGACAUUGCCAAGGUGGUUUCUGAUCUGGAGGCGUUGUUGCAGAGCAAGAUCGUCACGACGACUGAUCUCUCCAUCUACGAGUUUGCGCCUCGAGCAAAGGACGUCAUCUGGCUCUACCCUCCGCUAGACGGUGAAUAUCAGACCGAUCUAUGUUCUACCCUCGAGCCGCUGUGUGGGUUUGUCAAAGACUUGGCUCAUUACUUCAUUUUCUCGCGGUUCGCCUCCAAACACCUGGGAGGGUGGGCAGCAGACAGGAUCUGGAAAUAUGCACUCCCAACCUCUGAGCACCAGUCGGCGGCAAUCGUCCGAAAAUAUGAGCGGAGCGUAGCAUACAUGGAGAUAACAGACCCCAAUCAGCGACAGGCAAAGAUGAAACUGAUUCGAGAGGCUGUUUCGGUCGUGCACAGAUACACCUUCCGUCCCCCGCAGGUCGAUGAGGACAGGGAACUGUCUCCGAAAGUGACAAAGCUGUAUGAGGAGCUGAAAGACCGGUAUUUGGCGGGGCCAACCACUCGAUCGAUAGUAUUUGUCGAGGAGAGACUGACGGCCAUGAUUCUUUGCGACCUCUUUGAGUCCGUUGCUCUCCCCCACCUCCGCCCUGGCGUUCUCGUCGGAGUUUCACAGUCUGGAAUAGAGGCAGGUUCGUGGCGGGACCAAGAAACCGUUAUGGAGAAGUUCAGGACUGGAGUCAUCAACAUCAUCUUUGCAACCAGCGUCGCCGAAGAGGGCAUUGACAUCCCGCAGUGCAACCUUGUCAUCCGCUUUGACCUUUACAAAACUCCCAUCCAAUAUAUGCAGAGUCGAGGCAGAGCGCGAAUGAAGGAUUCAGUCUUUGUGCAUAUGAUUGAAGAAGGAAAUUUCUCACAGGAAGCAGGUGUCAACUUUGCCAUGCAGCAGGACGAAUAUAUCAGAGAGUACUGUCGGCAACUGCCACCGGAUCGGUUGUUGGGCCAAGGCUCCAAGUUAAAACAACUGAUGGCCAGAGAUGCGAGUUGCCAGAGCUUCGUCACUGGUGCUGGCGUUCUAGCAAAUUAUGCAAACUCGCUACUGUUGCUCAAGCGCUACACCGAGUCGCUGAAGAAGAUCGGAGCGGCUUCCUCUGAGAUUUACGAUGAGAUGAUCGGCGCCGAAGAGAACAUGUUUCAGUACAAGGUCAUCCUUCCUCCUACCGAUGACCCGCGAACUGCUGGAGUGAAAGGAGCCAAGGGUGAACCACGAACAAACAAGGCGUUGGCGAAGCGCUCGGCUGCAUGGCAUUGCAUCUACAAACUGCGGAAAGCCCAUCUGUUGGACGAGAAUCUGGACAGUAUCUUCUCGAAGGUGAAACCAGCCAAUCUGAAUGCUCGUAUUGCCGUAUCCGAGAGGAAGGAUGAGUACGACAAGAAAGUGAAACCGGAUUUCUGGGUUAACAGCGGAACAACAUCACCCAUACUACCUACUGAGCUGUUCGUCACACACAUACGGGUCGAGCCUGAAUCAAGCGCAUGGUCAUCCGAGGGUGUGCUUCUCUUUUCUCGCGCGAAACUCCCAGCCAUCCCCAGAUUCUCUGUCUAUGUGGACAAUAAUGUUGAGAAGCAUGUCACGUUUUACCAAUAUGCGGACCCAGUCGUCGUCACCACUGAUCAAGUCGAAGCAUUGACUACUUACACUCUAAAUGGCAUCUUUUACGAUAUCUUCAACAAGCAAUAUUCCCACAACUCGACCUCAAUGAGCUACUGGCUGGCCCCCCCAGGGCAGCCAGGACAAUCGAGGGCUUUCGAAAAGGUCGUACAUAUGAAACAGCUUUUGGCUGCAGGGGCACCUGAACGAGGAAAGUGGAACCCUUCUACGAGUUCAUCCGAUGCACGUAAAUGGUGUAACGCCUUUCUCGUCGACCGAGGAAGCGGAAAGUUCCGCUAUUUCACGGGAGAAAUUCUGCCGGGAAAGACGAUCUUCGAUGCCACCCCUGACAGCGCAAAGAGCCUGAACAAAAAGUACGACAAGACAAUCAUUGAAUUCUCGGACAGCACCUGGAGAGCGAAGUCGAAGGAUUUUGAGAAAGAAGUCAAGGACGGGUAUGAUGCACAUCAGCCUGUACUGGACGCCAAAGCAAUCAUAGCAGGUCGGAAGUACACCAAGAAAUGUCCCGAGAAAGAACAGCGAUAUGCCUUCUGCCACAUUGCUCCACAGCCAUUGGAACUCGGUCGGAUCUCUUAUUCAGUGGCCCAAACGUGCAUACUGUGGCCUUCUAUUCUUCACAGAUUGGAAGGCUACCUCAUCGUAAGGGAGGCCUUCCAGAAGCUUGACCUUGAGCACGUACCUCUGGACUUGGCUUUGGAGGCUUAUACUCAAAACUCUUCCGCCGAAGCAGAGAUUGCCGGAUCUGGAUCGGAUGCUGGGGGUCAGCAUCGGCCGGAAGGGGAGGAGCAGCCUGACACGUCCAAGGAGACGGGUGCCAUGAAUUACGAGCGGCUCGAAUUCAUAGGAGAUUCGCUUCUCAAGUUGAUGACCACCAUCACAGUCUACAACCGCACGACCUGUAACGAGGAGGGCAUGCACUGCAAACGUAUGAACCUGCUAUCGAAUAGUCGGCUGUGCGAGACAGCUUCGGCGCCUCAUUACGAGCUCUACCGCUACAUCCGUUCGACCGGCGAGAGUUGGCGAGAUACCUGGUACCCUGAGUUUCUGGAGCGGGUUGGAAAGGGUCGUAUCAUCAAAUUGACAGACAAGCACCGCAAGCAUGCCCUGGGCAAGAAGACCAUCGCAGAUGUAUGCGAGGCGACGAUCGGAGCAUGUAUCAUGACGAGCCAGCAUUUACCCACGGAAGAGAAGUUCGACCUCGGAAUCAAAGCAAUCACCAAGCUUGUCGAACACCCUGACCAUGCGAUCAACUCUUGGAAGGAGGUCCUGCCCAUGUACAAGCCUGCCGCCUGGGUCGGAGAGCUCAACGAUCCGAUAGCCAAUGAUUAUGCGGACAAAGUCUUCGCGGUUACGGGCUAUCGAUUCAAACAUCCACGCUUGAUCCGCUCAGCCAUGACCCACUCGUCGGACCAGCACUCUCCCGUGCAAGAUCUCCAGCGCCUCGAGUUCCUCGGUGACGCAUGUCUCGAUUGGGUCUGUAUCUGGUGGCUCUUCUCGACCAAUCCGACCCGAGAUCCGCAGUGGUUGACCGAGCACAAAAUGGCCAUGGUGAGCAACAAAUUCCUGGCCGCUCUUGCCGUCAUCCUAGGGUUCAACAAGUUCGUCUACGCCACGAGUACCGCCGUUUACGACGAGAUUGGCAGCUACGCAAGCAAGGUGCAAGAAGCGUGGGCAGACGCCAAUGUGAAACCCGAUUUCUGGACCCGCGUGGUCACCGGCUCCAAUGUCCCCAAAGUCCUCGCCGACCUGGUGGAGAGCUAUCUCGGGGCCGUGCUCGUGGACUCCAACUUCGACUUCAGAGAGAUUGAGAAGUUCUUUGAAAAGCACGUCAAGUGGCACUUUGAGAACAUCGAGGCCUACGAUACAUUCGCGAACCGUCAUCCGACCACCCAUCUUGUCCGUCUCCUGACUCAAGAUUUCGGCUGCCGCAAAGCCGUGCCCGUCCCGACUGAAGGAUCUGUCCCACCCACCACGCACGCCGAAGAAGGAGAAGACGGCGAUGUUGACGUUGAUGGAGGCGAUGCCGCAAUGACAGGCGUGGAAUGCCAUUUGGGGUGGAUGGUGCAUGGCAAGAUCGUGACCAUCGGCAAGGGCCACAGUGUGAAGUACGCAAAAGUCCGAGCAAGCAAGGCUGCACUGAAGAUCUUGGGGAAAUUGACCGUCGACGAAUUCAGAAAGCAGUGGAAAUGUGAUUGCCAGACAGAGAGGCGGAAGGCGUCGGUGGGGAGCGUGAAGUCGAGCACCAAUUAUCAAUCAACGAGCUAG